AUGGGAUCACCAGAUAUUGACGGACUGAUUUGGACAGUCUUAAAGACAAUAGAAGAGCAACAAGAUGAGAAACGGGUAUUGGAAACGUUGAGCAACUUGAACUCUUUGUUUCACUGUUGCAACACAAUAUGCAAUAUCUCCGUAAAAACAAUAGAGCAGAUUGUCCGACUACUUUCAGGGCUCCUGCGAAACGAAGACCUUUUGCAAGUGCAGUUAGUAUGCAUCGAUAUACUUCGACACGUGCUCAAUAGCAAUUGCCACCACUCCCUGAAAAAUCGUGUGAUGCUUUCACUGGAAAGGGAGCUGGAAUCGCUGUUUGUCCAAGGCGACCCACAGAUUCAACAAGCCAUUUGGGAAUGUCUAAAUACGCAUCUUGUGACUACCGGUAACUUGGGACCUACCUUGAAAAUCUUUAUAUCCCGCGUGCUUUAUGGGGGAGAAAAUGACGUAUUUCUGAAAAGAGCAGUUGAAACGAUCCAUAAAAUUUUCGAAUGUUUUCCAACUGCACAAUUGGCGCAAGAAGAUGUGUUGAUAGUGGUCAUGUGCCUGCUGGAGCAUGAUGGCAAACGUUUGCAGAGGAGAGAUUCCCUGAGUGGUGCCUAUUGCUUAGAGGCCAUCAGACGUCAUCUCAGUGAGGAUGAAUUAACUUCAGUAAUGAAAGCUCUUCCGAUAAAUCUACAGACAACCUACGAGAUGCUCCAAAGUUUCGGAGCUUCUAAUCCCAUUUCCCCAAGUCAGCACUCUUGUGGACCGACAAGGAACGAAGACGAUUACGACCAGCCUUGGCACACUGAUGUACAAGACGUGGUGCCCUAUGCUCAUCCUGUUUACUCAAUGCAUCAGUUAAUACCAAAGCAUCUGUCAGCCAAUUUGUCCACACAACAGAGCAACAGAUGUCGUGAAUCUGCAGCCAACUUGCUAAAAAUGCAUUACAUGCAAAAGUUUUACACACAAGAUUCCAGAGAACGUGCAUAUUUCAUUGAAUCUGUCCAACAACAUCUACCGACCUUAUUGAAAACCUUUUCACAGUUCCUAAUGGACAAUAAAGACCCAGUGACUUACCAUCUUCUUGAAGCAAUACAGGUAAGCGAUUACUAUCUCACGUGGAUUGUUCAAAGUGCCGUUGAGCGUUUGGAAAAGUGA